GGCGCCAUCCCUCAUUCUUCAUGGCAUGGCGGCCUCAACAUAUACGUGAUAAAAAGUGCUUCUUUAAAGUUUCUUUAGUUAUUAUUAAAAACUACAGUUAAUUUCUUCCCUUUUCCUCCUCGAAGAAGUGUUUUGGUUCGUCCGUUCCACCCCCACGUCGCUUCCGUCAAAAUGUUUCAGUGUUGAAAAAAUGUGUUGUGUUUAUGUUUUCCGUACAAAAAUAACAUUCGGAUUUUCACCGGACGCGAAAAAGUUUUCAUGAUGAAUCUGAGACGUUCUGCCCCCUGUAAGUGGCCCAUCUUGUAUUGGGGGCUUUUGUCGACAUGAACGAUCGGGAAAAAGCAAGGUCCAGUGGCAAACAGCAGAUCUAUGAGGGCACUUUCGACUAUACAUUGCCGAGGCCCCCCGCAUUGGGAGAGGAGAGAGCCUAUAACGCGUCGGAGCGGGGGGCGCAGCCACUUCAGAUGGACCGCAGACACUACAAGUCUUCCUCUCCAGUUCCAAAGUUUGAUUACGACGAUGGUAGCAGUUAUAGGCCUUCGUCGCGUCACGGGAAACCCCCAGCCUAUCUUGCAUGGGCCGAAUCCUUACAUAAUCUCCUACAGGAUUCGGACGGUGUGAAGUUAUUCUUGCGUUAUCUCGAAUCGGAGGGCCCCCAUUAUGCCGAUACAUUGCGUUUUUGGUUCGCUUGUGAAGGCUUGAAAAAUCACGAUCAAGUUGAAAAUAUACAAAAAUUGGUUAAAUUAAUUUAUAAGACGUAUUUUUUAAAAUCGGCCCUACAAAUCAACGAUGAUCUGAAAAAACAAAUAAUGAAAAAUUUAAAAUCGCCCCAGUGCCUUGAACCACCAAUUACGCUCUUCGACGAGGCCCAAGCACAAAUCGAAAACUUAAUUAGUAAAACCACUUACCCCAACUUCCUCAAAAGCGACAUCUAUCUGCAAUAUGUCCAAUCAGUCGAGAAUGCAAGUAGCGACGAUUUUAACAGCGAAUCAAGCUCUUCCAGUAGUUCACUCAGUAACAAAGACUUGGGCAACUUGGCUAGUGGUUUGGGCCCCCUUCCCACCCUCCACGAAGACAUGGAAUUCAGUCUCAACUCGCAACAGCCCCUUUUACUAACUCCAGGUACAGCUAGUGUUAGUACUGGUUAUCACACGCCGACUGUUCGUCUCACCAAAGACAUGCUUCUCAGAUCUCAAAAACAUCGUGCUCUUGAUAUUCGCCCCAAAUCGGAGACCUAUGCUGGUUUGAUAUACCGAAGCAGUGGGGCUCACGUCGCAUACAAUUCCUACAAUCCGGUUUCGAGACAAGAUAGCGAAAAGCAGUCGCUUAGUAGUCAUUCGGAUGCGAGGACCGAAUCGGACAAUAUGUCCAUAAAUGAGAGCAAUGUUGAUGGCAGAUCUGGUCGUUCUUAUCGUAAAUCAGUUGAAGAAAAACAAAUGCGUCAAUUUACCGCACGUAACAAGGAAAUCAAUAUGAAUCAACGAUUUAUCCCACGAACCCAACGCAUGGAUAUGAGUAAUAAUAAAUGUCUACCAAUUGAAGAACACGCCGCUAUCUUGAUUAAAAAACUCGAAAAUCUCAAACGCGAACAAGAGAAUGAGGAGUUGUUCCAUCGUCGAUUGAAAGAGGGUAAUUCGUUGAGUUCAUUGGAUGACAAGUUGAAAACGCGUGAUAUCGAAUCGAGUAUACAGUUUCAGGAUGAUAACGAUCAGGAUAUCCUCGACGAGCAUGUCUCUCGUGUGUUUUCGGAUCAUUCGUUAUCAAUCUCGCCAGGAUUGGUCAGUCCGAAGGUGUCGUCACCUCCUCGCGGCCGCUGGAGCCAAUCACGAACGCGUCGUCAUGACAAAGACAUGUUUUCGAUAUUUAGCGGCGAUUCGGGUAAUGUACACGAUUUUGCCGAGUCGUCCGAACGUCUCCCGAAAUCGAAAAGUUGUCCCGAGUAUAACGAUGAUCGAUUUUCGCGUGCUACAUCGUGUCGUAGAUCGACGAAGAAGACACUCACGGAAUUGACCGAUAGCGGCGUUUCGGUCGUUUCCGACACGAUAUCGGUCGUACCUGUGGCGAAAGACACUCGUGUGUUGACGUGGCUAAUGGAAUCGGAUCGGAGUGGUAAGACCGCCCCUAGCCACGCCCACAGCGAAAUGGCAGUGGGGAAAAAGUACGCGAAGAAGUACGGUUCAAGAUCAAAUUCGUUGGAACGGCCAGGACCGGCACAACCCUUCAUUGCUGAUCCAAGUAUGCCACCAUUGCCCUCCCCCAAUACCGAUAUACAAUUGGAGGAGAUUAGGAGGCGUUUGACGGAGGACGACGGCGGAAGGCGGUCCAAACAGAGAUCGUCGAAGUACUACCCGGAGAUUGCUCAAAGUGGCCAAUCAACGUUGCGUAAAUCGAUCCGAGGUCAGAAGGAUGUGACGAUUGUUGUUUUUUCGUUCUGCGAUGAACAGUUUCCUUACAGGACGAAAAUACCAGGAUCACAGAUUACUUUACGCCAAUUUAAAGAAUACUUGCCGAAAAAAGGAAAUUAUCGGUUUUUCUUCAAGACGGUUUGUGAAGAUCAAGUGACCCACGAAGAGGUGAGUAACGACAGUGAAGUGCUUCCAUUGUGGGAGGGGAAGAUUAUGGCACAGGUGAAACCGAUCGACUGAGUUUUUUACGUUGAAAAAACGUAAAAUUCCUAAUUUAUUUUUUGUUACAACGAUGAAAAUGGCGCUAAUUUUCAAAAUUCAUUUUUAUAGUCUGUUUUUGUCGUUUUGUUACACUGCCACGGUAUGUUGUAAUUGUUUUUUUGAGGGGAGGGGGGGCAAAUAAGCAAAUAAAAUGCACAUAAACUUGUAUAGUGCUUUAAAAACGAUAGUAAUAAGAUGCCUAAUUCCGGGACUAUAAUUUUUGGAGAAAUUACCGACAGAGUCGCUCUGUAUAUAACAAACAGCGAUUUUGUUCGUUUUCUUUGCAAUAGGUGCAAGACAAGUGCCUUUUUUGAGACAGUUUCCUCGGUUUUUUUCAAUAGUGACAAUCAGAAUUAAGCGGGCAGCUGAUUGCUAUUUUUAUUUAUAAUUUUAAGUUUUUCUAUUAGGAAUAGUUCUUCAUAUACCUCAUUUCUAUUUCUCUUUUUAGAAUUCUAAGAACAAACUAUUUGUGAAUUUGUUUACUUAAAUUAUACGUUUUAAGUGUAGAACUGAUUUUGUAUAAUUAAUUAAUGUAUUUUUUUUGAAAAAAUGUCAACGAAACAAUACAAUUAAUGCAAGUUCGGCGA